GUUAUAGUGUGAGAAAGUCUAAACAUUAGAAUGAAGGCUCUUCUUCUGUUAACAUUUGUUGCUUAUACCAACGCGCAAUGGCUUUCCGAAUGUGGAGAGUCUAAAUAUCCUAAUCCCGCUCCUGAGCAACAAACUGACCGAUUUGGCAGGGUCGUUGGAGGUUGGGAAGCUAGAGUCAAUGAAUUUCCCUAUCAGAUUAGCUUAAGAGAAUUUGGAAGUCAUGCCUGCGGUGCUGUUAUCGUUAACGAGGACUGGGUUUUGUGUGCUGCUCAUUGUACUGACGGAAACGCUAGAGAUUACGAAGUAGUUGCUGGAGAACAUUACAGAAGCUCCCCAAAUGCCGCUGUUCAAGUAAUUCCAGUUUUGCAAAUUAUUAAUCACGAAUUUUAUGAAGAUCCACUUGAAGACUCAAAUGAUAUUUCCCUCCUCCGUUUGGCUAACAAAAUAGUUUUUAACGAGAAUGUUCGUCCUGCCUGCUCUCCUAGAGAAGUUGAUUAUGUUGACAAUACUGUUACAGUUUCUGGAUGGGGAACAACAUUUUCAGGUGGAUCUGUUACCGAUGAAUUGAGAUACACUAAUGUUCAAGUUCAAUCAAAUGAUGAUUGUGCAUUGUCUUAUCCCGGGGAGAUUGAUGAGAGUAUGAUAUGUGCUGCUGCUCCAGGAAGAGAUACCUGCCAAGGAGAUUCUGGUGGUCCAAUGGCUUAUAACAACAAUGGAAAAUUUGAAGUUGUCGGUUUGACUUCAUGGGGAAGAGGAUGUGCCCAACCGGGUUUUGCUGGAGUAUAUGCCAGAGUAAGUGCUCAACUCGAAUGGAUCAAAACAAACACCCAAUAAACUUCACAAUUUCAAAUAAAAUGAUCUUUUAGAUGAAAUUAAUUAAGAAUAUAUGUAAUUAAGGCAGCUCUAUGAUUAAUACAUGUAUAUACCAAAAGAAUUCACGCUUUUUAAUUAUAGAAAAACUGAACAUAAGCCAUUAUUAAUAAUAAUAUGAUUCAGUGUAAUAUUUUACAACUCGCAAUGAUAACCUACUUAAUUUAAAAUUGACCUACAUUAAGAUAUAUUUUUUAUUAAUCAUUUAAAUUUCAAACGAAAAGAGUAAACUUCGCUAAAUGGUUCAUACCACAUCAUGUCGUAGCAAACCCGAAUAAGAAAGGGUUACGCAUAGUCUACGAUUGCGCGGCAAAAUAGCGCGGAAGAAGUGUCAACGAUACGAUUUCAACAGGCGGGAGGUUUGUGGGAGAUAUUCCUUUAACAUUGACAAUUGGAGGAGCGGCAACCACUACGUAAUAGGCGACAUAAAGGCGCUGUUCCACCAAGUGAACCUUAAAGAAUUGGAUAGACAAUAUUUUGGUUUACUAUAUUGGCCCCCUGGAGAGCCAAAGGCAAGAGAGAACAUAGUCGAAUAUGUAGUGACAAGGCACGUGUUCGGUGCAAAGGAUAGCCCCUACGUGGUCUCAGCAACCCUGAGAAAGGUACUGAAGGCCUCCCACCUGUCGAGAGAAGAGAGGGAGGGAGAUAGAAAGGAGUUUCUACGCGGAUGACCUGAUCCUGGCAUCCAACAAUGAAGAAUACCUAGCUGAGGUGUUGGAGAAGGUACUGAAGGCUCUAGACAAUUACUUCACACUCAUCAAGCUGGCAACUAACUCAACAGAAAUUAGAAAGAAGAUCCCACUCAAAAGAAAAUUAUAUUAUAUUAUAAUUAUAAAUUAAGUGACGUUAGCAAGGUACAAAAGACAGUGAAUGUAUUAGAACAGUGUGACAAAGCAAAGAGUAAUUAAAAGAUAAUUUUAGACGGAAUUGUCCACAAUUCCGUAAUACAAGCGAAAAAUAAAUCUUGUAAAU